ACAAUAUAGAGUUUCAUCUACUUCAAACAUGAAAUCUCUCUUACACGGUCUUCUCAACCUAAUUCAUUGGUUCAUCCAUCUCGUGACCACCUUAGUAAGGCGGUUCUCGAAAAGAAAGGCACCACCGCAGCCAACUGGGGCUUGGCCUCUCAUAGGUCACCUACACCUUCUUGGCGGAAGCAAGUUACCCCAUAGAAUAUUAAGUGAAAUGGCUGAUAAUUACGGAUCAAUAUUCUCUCUUCGUCUUGGUUUUCAUGAAACAAUCGUGGUUAAUAGUUGGCAAGUCGCGAAAGAAUGUUUCACCAUCAAUGAUAAAACCUUCUCCACUAGACCAAAGAGCCUUGCCUUGAAGCUCAUGGCCUAUGAUCAAUCCGUGGUUGGAUUCGCUCCUUAUGGACCUUAUUGGCGUUCCAUGCGCAAGUUUGUCGUUUUUAAUCUCCUAAGUAACCAUAAGUUACAUAUGUUGAGAGAUGUUCGCUUCUCCGAGAUUAGUUUUUUUAUGAAAAGUCUAUACCAACUAUGGGAUGAUCAAAACAUAGGGAAUGGUCCAGUUUUAGUGGAAUUUAAGGAGAAGUUUGAGAAUUUGACUACAAACAUAAUUUUCCGUAUUAUUGGUGGCAAACGUAACGCUGAAGAUUCAAAACGAUGCCAAAAGGCUUUGGCGGAAUUCUUACAUAUAUCCGGGGCAUUCUUAGUUUCUGAUGCUAUACCUUUCCUUGGUUGGUUAGAUAUACUGAAUGGGAAUUGUGCUAAAAUGAAAAGAGUUGCAAAAGAGAUUGAUGAUGAGUUUUCAAGAUGGGUAAAGGAACACAAAGAGAAGAGGGUUGUUGGGCGUAUCAAAGACGAGGAGAAUGACUUGAUCCACGCUAUGUUGUCUGAAUUGGACGAUGGCGAUCUUGCUGCUAUAGGCUACGAUAGUGACACCGUCAUCAAAUCCACUUGUAUGAGCAUGAUUCUUGGAGGCAAUGAUACGAUAUUAAUUACAAUGACAUGGGCAUUAUGUUUCAUUUUAAACAACCGAGAUGUGUUGUGGAAAGCACAAGAAGAGAUAGACAUCCAUGUAGGAAGGCAUCGUCAAGUAGAAGAAGCGGAUAUAAAAAAUCUUGUCUAUUUACAUGCAAUUUUUAAAGAAGCAAUGAGACUUCAACCAACAUUACCUUUGUUGGUAAGCCGCGAAGCAAUGGAAGACUGCAAUGUAGCGGGCUUUGAUAUCCCAGUUGGAACACGACUACUUGUUAAUGUUUGGAAGAUGCAUCGUGACCCAAGUGUUUGGUCAGAACCACUAGAAUUCAAGCCGGAGAGAUUUUUGUCUCAAGAGAAAAAUAUUGACUUGAGAGGAAAGGAUUUUGAGCUACUACCAUUUGGGAGUGGGAGGAGGCUUUGCCCUGGAAUAACAUUUUCACAACAAGUAAUGCAUUUGGGCAUGGCUAGACUCCUUCAAGGUUUUAAAUUGGAGACCAUUGAUGGGUUAUCAGUUGACAUGACUGAAGGUCCUGGACUAAGUGUCCCUAAAGCUACCCCGUUGAAGGUCUUGAUUAGCCCUCGCCUCUCUCGCGAGCUCUACUUCGAAGCUUAGCUAGGCAGGACGCGGCAUGCUUAGACCAAUGUUCAAAUAAACUUUUAAGUAAUGUUUAUUAUGUAUAUAAUAAGUUGUAGGGUAUUCCAAGGAAAGGGGAUCAAAUAUUAGGCUCAUAUACGUAUCAUGUUUCCAAUUUAGUUG